UGCCGCGCCGUGCCGUGCCGUGGUCGGCCGGGCGCCUCUGCAGGCUGGCCCCCUGCGGCUACCUGCGGGGCGGCAGCGGCGGGCGGGCUGCCGGGAUGAUCCGGUUCCGGAGCUCCAGCAUCAGGUCGCUGAGCGCGGAAAUGAAAUGCACCGUGCGGCUGCUGGACGACUCCGAGAUCUCCUGCCACAUCCAGAGGGAAACCAAAGGUCAGUUUCUUAUAGAUCACAUCUGCAACUAUUACAGCUUGCUGGAAAAAGACUAUUUUGGCAUUCGAUAUGUUGACCCUGAGAAGCAGAGGCACUGGCUUGAGCCAAACAAGUCCAUCUUCAAGCAAAUGAAAUCUCAUCCACCGUAUACCAUGUGCUUUAGAGUGAAAUUCUACCCACAUGAACCCUUGAAGAUUAAAGAAGAGCUCACCAGGUAUCUCUUAUAUCUACAAAUAAAAAGGGACAUUUUCCAUGGUCGUUUGCUGUGUUCCUUUUCUGAUGCUGCCUACUUGGGUGCCUGUAUAGUCCAAGCUGAGCUUGGUGAUUAUGAUCCUGAUGAACACCCAGAGAAUUACAUCAGCGACUUUAAGAUUUUUCCCAAGCAGUCACAAAAGCUUGACAAGAAAAUAGCUGAAAUGCAUAAAAAUGAAUUCAGAGGUCAGAGCCCAGCUGUUGCUGAAUUUAACUUGCUUCUUAAAGCAAAUUCUUUGGAAACUUAUGGUGUUGAUCCUCAUCCUUGCAAGGACUCAUUCGGUACAACUACAUUUUUAGGAUUCACAGCUGCAGGGUUUGUAGUUUUCCAGGGGAAUAAAAGAAUUCAUUUAUUAAAAUGGUGUGAUGUCUAUAAACUGAAAUUUGAAGGGAAGACAUUUUAUGUGUUUGGAGCUCAGAAAGAGAAGAAGGCUGUGCUGUCAUUCCAUACCUCUACACCAGCAGCCUGCAAGCAUCUUUGGAAGUGUGGGGUGGAGAACCAGGCUUUUUACAAGUAUGCAAAGUCCAGUCAGAUCAAGACAAUGUCCAGCAGCAAGAUAUUUUUUAAAGGCAGUAGAUUUCGAUACAGUGGAAAAGUAGCCAAAGAGGUUGUGGAGGCAAGCUCUAAGAUCCAGAGGGAACCUCCUGAAGUUCACAGAACCAGCAUUACCCAGAGUCGCAGCUCUCCCUCCUUGAACAAGCAACUCAUAAUCAACAUGGAACCUCUGCAGCCUCUCCUUCCCUCUCCCUGUGAGGAGGAAGAGGUUCCUUUAGAUGAAGGUAUUGAGCUGCCAAAGGAAGAGGAGAUUUCAGUACCUGUGACUUCAAGCUCUCCAGUAAAGGAUACUGGGAAGGAUGUUGAUCUUGCCAUUGAACAGGAAGAGAAGAUGAAAGAGGAACCCUUAACCAUCUCAGAGCUGGUAUACAAUCCAAGUGCCAGCUUGCUGCCCACACCGGUUGAUGAUGAGAUUGACAUGCUUUUUGAUACCUGCCCAAGAUCAGAGAAUGAGAAAGAUGAUACUGAUUCAUUUGAGGAACUUGAAGCUGAUGAAAACGCAUUUUUAAUUGCAGAGGAGGAAGAACUGAAAGAAGCUCGGAGAGCCUUGAGUUGGAGCUAUGACUUUCUAAUGGGCAACAUAGAGGUUAAUGCUUUUGUGAAGAGUUUCUCCAGACUUUUUCUUGUAGGCCUUGGACUAUUGUUGUUUGUGUUCCCCCUUUUCCUUGUUCUCCUGGAGUCGGACCUUCAAAUCUCUUUCCUUCAUGAAAUUCGCCAGACGCCAGAGUUUCAGCAGUUCCAUAUUGAAUAUUACUGCCCCCUUAGGCAGUGGAUGGCUUGCAAAAUAAACUUCAUCCGUGAUAUUCUGGGCAACUUUUAAAUUUUACAUGAAUAUAAUACAACUAAGGGCUAUAUUCAAAAUUUCAGUUAGUGACAGCUUUCCAUAAUGUCCCUGGACCCAUCUGUUGACAGUUGCCUUCAUAUCCUCACUUACAGUUUUUGUUACAGACUCUUCAUGUCCUUAAGUUCCCUUUACAUACUUAAAAUGCCAUUUUAAUUACCAACUUAGACAGUCACCUCUCAAUAACCAAAAAGAAGCUUUAUUUUAAAUACAUUUCAGACUUCCAGCUCAUUUAUUGCAUCAUAUAAGACAGGGUCACAAUAAGUUUCAUUGUCCUUAACCUUUCAAUCCAUGACACUAAAACUGACAAUAUUGAAAGAAAACCUUUUUGAAUAUACUCCUUAGUGCAACAAUUUCUUCUAACCAAUGCCUAUACAAGCAAUGUUUAUUCUGGGGUUUUGGUUUUUGUUUGUUUUUCUGUUUGUUUGGUUUUUUUACAUUUUUAUGUCUUUAAGAUAUUUUGGUAAGUUUUUAGUAAAAGAAAACUUACAAUGUUGUUUAAAUGUACUGGUAAGAAUAAUGCAGAGGGGCAUGCAGGGUGUUUUUAGUGUUUUACCAAUUAUUUGUUUUUAAACUAUGGCUGGAGAAUGAAUGAAUUUAAUGUAGCUAUAUACAAAGGGACUGUGUUUGGGAAACACACAGAAAGUUCACUCAAGUUCUGUAGGGACUGCCUGGGCAAGGUGAAAUGACAGCAAGUAUGCAAAAGAAUUUCUGAAAGGCACAGUUCUAAAGCUUGGGGAAGUGAGCAGAACUGAAAUGAUCCUCCCUCUUAUUUGUCAGGUUGUCUUCCAUUUUAUCAGUUCUGUAGAAAGUCUUUACAAGAUAGUCCAAGUACGUUUAGAGAAAGAUUGAGUCUUCAGUCUAAAUGUAGAUUAUUGUACAUAACAGAAAACAAUAAUAGUAAGUAGCAAAAAAAAAAAAAAAAAAAAAAAAAAAAAAAAAGACCCCAAAAUAAAUCAGUAGGUGAGUGAGCUACUUUUAAAAAUCAUAAAGAAGAUGAAAAGGUGGAAAAGGAAUAAAUUUUUCAUACAUAAAGCACAGCAUUAGGCUGUACAGUUGAUAUCAAAAUAAUCUACUGGCUCACAGUUAAAGGCUUAAGAGACGAAUCUUCUGCUUGAUACCCUUUAUGACUAAUCUCUAAGACAACAUAUUUUCUGUGCAUACUAAUAUAUUUCCUUUCACAUAUAACACCAUACUUACCCUCAUUUCUUGUUAUUAUGAGCCCAGUUACGUGAUCUAUUACUGUUUUGUGUAACAUGGAUUUGUAUAUCUAAAAGUAUUCCAAUAUAGCUUAGAGAAUAUACUUACAUAAAAUCUUGUCAAUGCUCAGAACAUUUGAAGGCUCUCAAAUAUACCACAGAGGUUGUAUCUAAGACAAGAAAGUUUUUAUUCCUCCUGUCUCACAAUCUUAGUGCAGCCUUAUUUCAUAUUUAAAUUAAGGAACUUGAAUUUUGGCUUCAGACUCUUUCUCCUGCUUAGACAUUUAUGAAUUGGAGACAUACGUGAGGCUAUUUUAUUAGAUAUGCAUUUAACACACUGUAACCACAUGUCUAAUUCCUACUAAAUAAAUUCCUUUAGUUGCAGUAUCAGGGAAUCUCUUUUGCUUGGUUUUCUCUUGUAAGCUUUUGCAAGUGUCUAGUUUUAAAAUGGCAAUUUUCAUAGAGGAUUUUUCCUUCCCUUCUAAUCUUCUCCAGUUUUUAAAGAACAGAAUAGUUAACAGGGCUUAGGAGUUCCUUUCCUCAGCUGAAAACUUUUAGAUUACUACUCAUCUCCCCUCCAACAAAGGCUAAAUUAAACAACCGUGGUUUUAUAUUGUCUUUGUUUGUUCUUGAUAACCUGUUUCCCAGAAGAAUCAUUAAUGAUUAAUUAUUUAAUGUCUAUUUAUUCCUGUGCUACUUGCAGCUAAGUGAUCCUUUCCCACAAGGUAAUAAUCAUUCAGCCUAAUAGAAAUGGAGAGUGAACAAAUGUAGAUAUUUGGUCUUAACCAGAAAUUAUUCAUUUGCAUUGUUGCUAAAGAAAGGGAUCAGAAAAGGUGUUUUCAGUGGUGAAGGCUGUGUAGCAGACAUCCUGACGGACUGUGAAGACAUGGUUCCAUACAACCUCCUAGAAAGUCUGAUAAUCACUUAAAAAAAAAAAGUUGGUUACCAUAGUCUCAUCCCUGUGCACCCCAGAAGUAGGAGUAUUGUAAUGCUUAAUUUAAAUCUUUCAGAAAAUAGCUCAGUUGCAUCAAAACAUAAUCUCAAAAAUUGUGCAAUGCAGUGAAGUUUUAUGUAGGGUUAGAUGCAAGUGUGUGCGCACAUGUGCUUGCAUUUACUAACCACAUGCAUACAUUCACACCUGGCCUUUUAAAAUUCUCAUCUUUUCUUCCUGAUAAUCCCUGGUCUAUCAAAGUAAUUUAAUUGAAAGUCAUGAAAGUGUUAUAACUUAAAGGCCAGGACCAUGUCAUACACAGAAGGAUGUGGUUGGGCACAUUCAGAGAGAGUAGCAGCUUUUUACUAGUAAAGAUGACAGGCAUGGACUACGGAGCGUCUAUAGGUACAGUAUUGUGUAUUUUUGUCUGUGCUUGGAUUAUAUUGUAAAAUGUUAUGUACUUGAAAUCUAUUUUGUGGUUUGUCCAACAUUUAUAAAUGCAACUCUGGGAAGUAUUAAAAAUGGUUUUAUUUCAUGGAGUGUAAGGGGAAAAUAUACCUGUAACUUGAGCCUUAUCUUUGUACAGUGAAUUUCACAUUUCUAUAUGUCAACAUCCUGAUUGUUUUGUAUGUUGAUAUGAUGGCAGGAAUCCCUAAUAAAAUUACACUGGAGAAAA